GUAACCAAAAGAGCAUGUCAUUACAAAUCAUAACAAAUGCAGCCCAAUCUAAACUUGUGCGGGACAAGCUUACUAAAUGGGAGACAACCACAUCUCUAAGUCAGCAGCAAAAAGAUUGUGUGGUGGACCUAGCCACGUGGUCAGCUAUUGAUGAAGCAAUAGAUCUACCUUCCUCUGAUAUCAUCUCAGUCAGUGAAGCUCAGGACCAGUCCAGCACCAUCAACAAUGCUCAACAGUUCUACGAAUGGUUUCACUCAGUAGAAAGAGGAAUGGAGUCUGAUCAAGAGUCUGAGUAUAGAGAUUAUAUAAACAGUUUGAAGGAGCAUCAUGGGCGGUGUAACUCUGUUCUGGAUGGGAUAAGUAAAGCACUGGACCAUCUGAGAGAUCUAGGUGAUCAGUACCGCACUGUAUCUCUCACUACCGAGGCACUUCAUGAUAGUUGUGAGCUGCUGAUGCAGGACCAGCAGGAUUUAGAGCAACUCGGUACAAGCAUCGCACAACAACUGGUUUAUUUUACUGAGCAUGACAGGAUUGGCACCAAGUUGAACAGCAGUGCUAUCAGUGUCAUGGGCGAGGCUUUUGUGCCUAUGUUGAUUAAGAUAGAUGAGUGUGUAGAGUUCAUGAAGGAUCACCCUGAUUACAAGGAGUCAGCUGUUUACCUGGCUAAGUAUCAGCAGUGUCUUGUUCGUGCCCUGACACUGCUGCGCUCCUAUAUCGUUAAUGCGAUAAGAGCCACGGCAACUGCUGCUGUAACAGAGUUAUCUGGUGCUGGGGGGCUAGUUCCUGGGGACCCUGCUUUCGCGCAGCUUUACUCAAAAUUUCAAUCUCAAGGUCCUAGAAUCAAGGCUUUGAUGGAGCAGAUAGAGGACAGAAGUGAGAAGAACCCAGAAUAUCUGCAAGUUAUGCAGGACUGUUACACUUGCUACUGCUAUCAAAGGCAAGCUUUAAUUCUCCCUGUAAUAAACCAGGAAUUAGAAAGAUUGUACAAACUCCAUGAUAAAGAUCACUGUACAUUCAUCAGAACAAGUUGCAUGUCCCUCAUCAGGAUCUGCGAGGAUGAGUUUUCAUUGUACCACUGCUUCUUUUCUCGGUCUGACCUCAUAUUACAGGGGCUACUUGAGAGUUUAUCCUCCCAACUCUACGAUUAUUUCCGUCCUAUGAUAAUCCAACAGGUGCAAAGGUUUGAGCUAUUGGCAGAUAUAUGCAGUGUCUUGAAAAAUGACAUUUUCGAAGAUCAUGUCAAUGCCAAAGGGGAAUGCUUGGAAGCUUUUGGCCAUUUAGCACUCCAGAUGCUAGAAGACUCCCAGGAAAGACUAAGCUACCGCACUCAGGCAUACAUACAAUCUGAUAUAAUAAACUUCAUGCCCUCAGCAGGAGAUCUGGCAUACCCUUCUAAACUAACAGAAGAGUUGUCUAACCAGUACGCUAUGUGGUACCCAACAGUAAGAAGAAGCCUUAUAUGUCUGAGCAAGUUAUACCGCUGUACUAACCGCUCAGUCUUUGAGAGUCUAGCCCAGGAAUGCCUAGCAGCGUGUAUAGAUUCUCUGAAAACAGCUACCUUGUCAAUAGUUGAGAACAGCUCACUGCUAGAUUCUCAGCUGUUUCUUAUCAAACACCUGCUGAUUAUUAGAGAGCAAAUCUCACCGUUUGAUGUUAACUUCACUGUUAAUGAGGUUUCUCUUGAUUUCACUAACCUGAAGAUGGCUGCUUCCGGACUGAUCACCAAUAAGAAUAGGAUUCUCUCGCUGAACUCUAAUAACGCUGUGCUGGAGUUCUUCUUCCAAGGUGCUCCUCAGUUAACGAAAAAAGUACUGGACAGCAAAAAGGAUGUGGAUAUCAACCUCAAAGAGGCGUGUACAGACUUCAUAACAACAGCAGCAACAUUGCUCUCCUCCCCUAUACAUGCUUUCCUUGCCACUGUAGAGACCUCCACUACUCCCGCCACCAUGGAACAGUGUAGGAAUGUGGUAUCAGAAACCACACAGAGGAUAUCCAGCAAGUUACCAGGUAUCAAGAAGUCAAUGCACCUAUACCUUGCAAACCCAGACACUGAAGCGAUCCUCUUUAGACCUAUUAGAGGACAGAUUCUAACGCAGUUUGGGAAUUUGAGGAAGGUUAUCGAUAACAUGGAAGAGGAGGAUAAGUUUAUUAUUAACUGUCCGUCUCCAGAACAGCUAACAAUGACACUAGCUUACAAUUAGUUAAUUAAUUAAUUAAUUAGUUAAUUAAUCAAUUAAUUGUCAGGGUUUUAAAUACAGUGUGUUAGAAGCAGAAUCUUGUUAAUUUGUCUUUAACUAACCUUAAAUGUUUGGAAUUUAUGACUUGUAUUUAGCAUGGUAAACACAUUUUAUUAAUCGUUUAUUUGAAUUUGGUGCAUGGAAUAUUGGAAUAUGGACGAUAUUUUCCCCGUUUUGUUUUUAGAGAUUACAGUAGGUUGUGUACAGAAUGCCUUGUUUUUUUUGCUGAAGUUAAUAUUUUCGUUAGAAUUGACAUAUUGAUUGUUAUGGUAUGGUUGAGAUAG